AUGGGACAUAUUGCUAAGGAUUGUGUCACAUUUGCUCAGAAGAAGGAUGAUAACAAUGAUCAAAACAAGAAGGGAAAAGCACGAGUGUUUACAAUAACUCAGAAGGAUGCAAAGGAGAACUCAAAUGUGAUAUCAAGUAUAUUACUAAUAUCUGAUACACCUGCUUAUGUACUCUUUGAUUCAAGAGCUACUCAUUAUUUUGUAUUAACAUCUUUCAUUGCAAAAUCUAGUAUUAAUUGUGAUAAGUCAAAGAGUACACUAGAAGUUAGCAUUCCCUCAGGCAGAACACUGAAUACAGAUCAGUUCGCUAGGUCGGUAAAUCUUAAAAUUGAGGAAAAAACAUUUGAAGCAAAUUUGUAUGUGAUAGAGAUGAAAGACUUUGAUGUGAUUUUGGGAAUGGAUGGGUUAGGAUAUAAUUAUGCAACCAUUUGUUUUAGAGAAAGAAAAGUGUCUUUUCAGAAACCAGGAGAGGAAUAA